CCCGCCACCUGUAUAUAAAAUCACCCUCUGUUCUUUCACUCCUUUUCACUAAUUUCCUUCCCAUUAAUGAUGAAGCUUAUCUCUUCCCUUGCUAUUGUGUUCUUUACCCUUUUUGCCUUCUUCCAGUUUGGCAGCGCUUCUGCCAAGCCAUUGGCGGAGGAGCCUACCAUCACCCACCAGGUAUUCUUUGAUGUCAACGAGGGCGACGAGUUCUUGGGCAGAAUUACCAUCGGGUUGUUCGGUGACGUUGUGCCAAAGACCGUAGAGAACUUCAGACAGUUGGCUAUCUCUGAAGAUCCUAAGUUCGGUUACACCCAGUCCAUCUUCCACAGAGUCAUCAAGAGCUUCAUGAUCCAGGGUGGUGACUUCACUCACGGCACCGGGAUCGGUGGCAAGUCCAUUUAUGGUAACAAGUUUGCGGAUGAAAAUUUCCAGUUGAAGCACGACAGACCGGGUAGAUUGUCCAUGGCCAACGCCGGCAAAAACACCAAUGGGUCCCAGUUCUUCUUGACUACCGUGGUCACUUCCUGGUUGGACGGCAAGCAUGUAGUUUUCGGGCAGGUCAUCGACGGGAUGGAUGUUGUCAAGGAUAUUGAGAGCACCAGGACCGCUCGCGGUGACAAGCCGCUCAAGGAUAUUAAGAUUGUCAAGUGUGGCGAGUUGCCUGUUGUCAAGGCCGAGCCAGUCGCCGACGUCGAAGACGUGGUCGAUACCAAGGACGAACUUUAGAAAGGCUUGGUAAGAAAAUCGACAGAGUAAAUUAUGUUGGAGAUAGUUAUGACGUAAUAUAUGUCUUUGUUAGGUAUGUUUAGGGAAUACAGCUCGGUCCUAAAUGCUCUCAAUCGUUUAAAAGGACAACCGGUUACAUUGCCAGCGUGAAAACUCAUUAACAAUUGAGAACUUGGCAAAUGCUCCAGCAGACCUGUUCAUGCCAACUAAAACGUAUAUUUCUAAUUUUUCUAAUCAUGGACCCACCCAUA